GUCUGAGCUCCUCCAUGGAAUCGAACGACAACGUUGAACGGUCCCAGCCAAUUGAGCCAAUAAAUCCAGCAGGCCGAACAAAGUUUGAUCACAGAACAAGGACGAGACGAUAAUGACGGACGCUUGCAUCCGAGGUGUCUUGGAAGCCAUCCACUCAAGUCCCACUCAAGCAGUUCUCUAUCUCUCCGGCGGAGCCUCUCAGGCUCUAGGGUUGCUUCUAUCGGUGCCUGGAGCUUCGAAUACGGUCCUUGAAGCCGUGGUCCCUUAUUCUAGAAUGUCAAUGAUCCAGCUCCUCGGCAAGAUUCCGGCCAAGUUUUGUAGCCGACAAACCGCAGAGGAAAUGGCUUUGUCGGCUUAUAAUCGGGCGCUCAAGCUCUCUAGCACAGGUUCUCCAGUUCUUGGUGUGGGUUUUACUGGUUCUUUGGCUAGCACACACCCUAAACUUGGGGACCACAGGUUUUACUUGUCAACAAGGACAGCUGACCGGCUUUGGGUAUCUACAGUUACACUGUCAAAGGGUUUGCGCACAAGAGAGCAAGAAGACAAGGUUUCAAGUCAUAUUUUACUUCAGGCAAUUGCAAAUGCAUGCAUGGUUCCAGCAACAUUUGAUUCAGGCUUGAAAGAAUCAGAUGUAUCUGAUGAAUGUGGAAAGCAAUUCAAUGAGGAUCAAGAAUUAGAGCAACUUAUAAAUGGGCAAAUAUGCUUUAAGAUUUACCCAUUUUUAAGUGGCACAGAUAUGUCAAGUGCUGAAAGGAAGAUAAUUCUAUCUGGUUCUUUUAAUCCGUUACAUGAUGGGCACCUCAAGCUCUUGGAAGUUGCUGCUAGCAUUUGUGGUGAUGGGUAUCCAUGCUUUGAAAUAUCAGCAGUUAAUGCAGACAAACCUCCAUUAUCAGUAUCACAAGUCAAAGAUCGUGUCAGGCAAUUUGAAAAAGUUGGGAAGACAGUAAUUAUAUCCAAUCAGCCUUAUUUUUAUAAGAAAGCUGAACUUUUUCCAGGCAGUUGUUUUGUAAUUGGUGCUGAUACGGCAGUGAGGCUAAUCAAUCCCAAAUACUAUGAUGGGGACUAUAAGAAGAUGCUGGAGAUACUCAUUGGAUGUAAAAAUACAGGAUGCACUUUCCUUGUGGCUGGUCGUAAUGUAGAUGGUGCUUUCAAGGUUCUUGAAGAUUUUGACAUUCCAGAGGAGUUAAGAGACAUGUUUAUAUCAAUCCCAGCAGAGAGGUUCCGCAUGGAUAUAUCUUCCACUGAAAUAAGGAAAAAUCUUGGAAUUUAAAUCUUUUACUCUGACUACGACUUUCAGGCACGAACGAUCUUCAAUGUUGAAAAGAUUAUAUACGCACAUUAAUGGAUGAAUCUGAUCAUCAAUCAUAGAAAGAAAAAAAAAAAUGUAUAUAUCCAAUGCAUUGUCCUCUACUGAACAUAUCAGGAUGAGAAGAAUGAGCUGGGAUUUUCUUCUGAUCCAAACAUUGUCUGAUUGAAACUGUAAUCCAACCCAUGGUAAUUGUCAUCUUCUGCGGAGUGUUAGGUGAUAGACAUUUGCUUACACAAAAAAAAGAAGACAGAAAUGAAAAGGGUGAGGAACCAUCAACUUUGUGGAGUUGAGGAUGGUUAGAGGGAUCACAAAAUGAAAUGGGUGGUUUCUUUUUCACCUUCGGAGCCAGUGUGGUAUUAUGUUGUGACAUCCACUCGAGUCCAUUCAAUGUACGUUGGUUUGGGCAAAUUAGGGAAGUUUCACUGCUUGAGUACAGGAUGCCUAGCUUCAUCUUGGAAAGAAGCCAACGUUGUCAAUGUCACGACACUGUGCUAAAAGACAAUUUGGGAUGGGGGAUGGAAAAAAGUGGUUUUAUUUUUAUUUUUUUAUAUUCAAUGA